CCUUUCAUCUCCUUCACACACUUUUGACUUCAAACGCAAGCCUCAUGUGAGAUGGUUAUGAUAGGGAUGAUGGUAAGCCAUCAUGUCCACGCCAUGCCCAUGCCAUCUUCAUGCCCAGCCACUCAGGCUGAAGGAAAAUAUCAUAGCCACGUAUGCACGCAUUCUUUUGCUAGGAGACCGGCUAAAGAUCUCUCUUUCUCUCUCUACUUUCUCUCUCUAUACUCCACAUACUCCCACAACUACAGCCUCUUAAAAUCUAAAGAAGCAAGGAGCCAAUAAAGCUUACAUGAAUAAAAAUCUUAGCUUUCAUCUCCAGAGGGAAAAGCACAGAAAAAUUGGGGAAUCAGUGUGGGAGAGUUUCCGGAAUUUCUAAAUUCUCACACGGAAGAAUCAGAAUAUCUGUUUGUACCAUACAAAAUCAGUGUAGAUUGAAUCUAUGAAUGUUUACUAUUCAGAGGCAAGGAAUUUGUAGUUGGGACAGGAACACUGACUUGGGGCGGUGCAAUGCGGGGAACGGUGAAGUACGAUAUUUUGAUACUUGAUUGGUAGCUGUUGAAGUGGAAGUCAGUGGUUUUUAGUGUUGGUUCUGUUGUGUGUUACUUCUUGUAAUUGGCAUCAAAGGAAGAUAUUUAUAUGGCUAGUUCAUGUGAAAGAUGGAUCGAUGGUCUCCAAUUCUCCUCAUUGUUCUGGCCUCCCCCGCAUGAUGUGCAGCAACGAAAGGCUCAAAUUACUGCCUAUGUUGACUACUUCGGUCAGUUCACAUCAGAACAAUUCCCUGAAGAUAUUGCUGAGUUGAUUCGGAGCCGUUAUCCGUCAAAGGAACAGCGCCUUUUUGAUGAUGUCUUGGCAACGUUUGUUCUUCAUCAUCCGGAACAUGGGCAUGCUGUUGUUCUUCCAAUUAUUUCGUGUAUCAUUGAUGGUACACUGGUGUAUGAUAGGUGUACUCCUCCUUUUGCCUCUUUCAUUUCCUUGGUCUGCCCAAGCAGCGAGAAUGAGUAUUCCGAACAAUGGGCUCUGGCAUGUGGGGAGAUUUUGCGAAUUUUAACUCAUUACAAUCGCCCAAUUUACAAGGUGGAACAUCAGAGCAGUGAAGCAGAUAGAAGCAGCAGUGGCAGGCAUGCUACAACAAGUGACUCUGUAGAUGGGAAAUCCUCUCAAGGACCGUUACCACAAAAUGAGAGGAAACCUUCAAGGCCUUUGUCUCCCUGGAUUACUGAUAUAUUGCUUGCUGCACCUCUGGGUAUCAGAAGUGACUACUUUCGUUGGUGUGGUGGUGUGAUGGGGAAAUAUGCAGCUGGAGAACUAAAGCCACCUUCAACUGCUUCUACUCGUGGAUCUGGAAAGCACCCCCAGCUCAUUCCAUCAACUCCAAGGUGGGCUGUUGCUAAUGGUGCAGGUGUGAUAUUAAGUGUUUGUGAUGAAGAAGUAGCUCGCUAUGAGACUGCAACUUUAACAGCAGCUGCAGUUCCUGCACUUCUGCUUCCUCCUCCAACAACAGCUUUGGAUGAGCAUCUAGUUGCUGGGCUUCCAGCCCUGGAGCCAUAUGCUCGCCUAUUUCAUCGCUACUAUGCAAUUGCUACUCCAAGUGCCACACAACGACUUCUUCUAGGACUACUGGAAGCACCACCAUCAUGGGCUCCAGAUGCUCUUGAUGCUGCAGUACAGCUUGUGGAACUUCUUCGGGCAGCUGAAGAUUAUGCAUCAGGCAUGAGGCUCCCAAGGAACUGGAUGCAUUUGCAUUUCUUGCGUGCAAUUGGUACUGCAAUGUCCAUGAGAGCAGGGAUUGCUGCAGAUGCUGCUGCAGCAUUACUUUUUCGCGUACUUUCACAGCCUGCAUUGCUUUUUCCUCCUCUAAGACAAGUCGAAGGAUUUGAAUUUCAGCAUGAACCUUUAGAUGGUUAUAUUUCAUCCUACAAGAAGCAGAUAGAAGUGCCUGCAACUGAAGCAACUAUUGAAGCCACUGCCCAAGGGAUUGCAUCAAUGCUUUGUGCACAUGGUCCUGAGGUUGAAUGGAGAAUUUGCACCAUAUGGGAAGCUGCUUAUGGCCUAAUUCCUUUAAGUUCCUCAGCUGUUGAUCUUCCUGAAAUUAUAGUUGCAACCCCAUUGCAACCUCCCAUUUUAUCAUGGAACCUUUAUAUACCCCUUCUUAAAGUCCUGGAAUAUCUUCCUCGUGGAAGUCCAUCUGAAGCAUGUCUCAUGAAGAUAUUUGUUGCUACAGUGGAAUCAAUUCUUCAGAGGACAUUUCCAGCUGAGUCCUCCAGAGAAAAUAUCAGAAAAACAAGAUACCUUUUUGGAAUAGGGUCUGCCUCCAAAAACCUGGCUGUGGCUGAGCUUCGUACAAUGGUCCAUGCACUAUUUCUAGAAUCAUGUGCAUCUGUAGAGCUUGCUUCACGCCUUCUUUUUGUUGUGUUAACCGUUUGUGUCAGUCAUGAAGCUCAGCAGAAUGGAAGCAAAAGACCAAGAGGUGAAGAUAGCCAUCUUUCUGAGGAAAUCACUGAGGACUUGUCAGAUGCAUCUGGAAAUCAGAGAGAGACGAAAACCAGAAAAAUGAAAAAACAAGGGCCUGUAGCAGCUUUUGAUUCUUAUGUUCUUGCUGCUGUUUGUGCUCUUGCAUGUGAACUUCAAUUAUUCCCUUUGAUUGCUAGGGGAAAUAAUCAUUCAGCCUCUAAAGAUGUACAGAUCAGAGCAAAGCCUGCAAAAUUAAAUGGAUCUUCUAGUGAAUUCCGCAAUAGCAUUGACUCUGCCAUUCGUCAUACCCACAGAAUAUUAGCAAUUUUAGAGGCACUCUUUUCACUGAAGCCAUCUUCUGUUGGCACCUCUUGGAGUUACAGUUCAAAUGAAAUUGUUGCUGCUGCUAUGGUUGCUGCUCAUGUUUCUGAACUAUUCAGACGUUCAAAAGCUUGUAUGCAUGCCCUCUCUGUCUUGAUGAGAUGCAAGUGGGAUGAAGAAAUCUACACCAGGGCUUCUUCACUCUAUAACCUCAUUGACAUUCAUAGCAAAGCUGUUGCAUCCAUUGUCAACAAGGCAGAACCACUAGAAGCACACUUAAUUCAUGCAACAGUUUGGAAGGACAGCCCUGGGCAUAAAGAUGGCAGCAAAGAAAAUGACUGUGCAAGCACUAGCUGCUUCAAAUCAGUGAAUCCCUUGCUUCUGCACUGUGAAGAUUCAGCUUAUUCAAAAAGUUUACCUAAAUUUGAGAAAGCACCACAUUUAAAUGAAGGCACAGGAAAUAGCUUGGGUAAAGGUAUUGCAAGCUUCCCAUUAGAUGCUUCAGAAUUGGCCAAUUUCCUCACUAUGGACAGGCAUAUAGGAUUUAGUUGCAGUGCACAAGUUCUUCUAAGAUCAGUUCUCGCAGAGAAACAAGAGUUAUGUUUCUCUGUUGUUUCACUUCUUUGGCACAAGUUAAUUGCAGCCCCAGAAACAAAACCUAGCGCAGAAAGCACUUCUGCCCAACAAGGAUGGAGACAGGUGGUUGAUGCGCUAUGCAACGUCGUAUCAGCAUCACCGGCAAAAGCAGCUACAGCAGUUGUUCUUCAGGCUGAGAGGGAAUUGCAGCCUUGGAUCGCUAAAGAUGAUGAUCUAGGUCAGAAGAUGUGGAGAAUCAACCAAAGAAUUGUAAAAUUGAUCGUGGAGCUAAUGAGGAAUCAUGAUAGACCUGAAUCGCUAGUAAUUUUGUCAAGUGCUUCAGAUCUUCUUCUACGUGCCACAGAUGGAAUGCUUGUGGAUGGAGAAGCAUGCACGUUACCUCAAUUGGAGCUUCUGGAAGCAACAGCUAGAGCAGUUCAACUUGUACUGGAAUGGGGAGAAUCUGGAUUGGCUGUUGCAGAUGGCCUUUCAAACCUGUUAAAGUGUCGUGUACCAGCUAAUCGAUGCCUUUCUCAUCCAAGCGCACAUGUCCGUGCCCUCAGCACAUCAGUUCUUCGUGAUGUUCUGGAAAGUGGCUCAAUAAAACCUCAUAUCAAACAAGGGGGCAGAAAUGGCAUCCACUCUAAUCAGUAUGUAAAUUUAGGCAUCAUUGACUGGCAAGCAGAUAUUGAAAAAUGCUUGACAUGGGAAGCUCAUAGCAGGCUAGCUACUGGAAUGACUAAUCAAUUCCUUGAUGCUGCUGCCAAGGAACUAGGCUGUACUAUUUCCAUUUAACAUCA